GCUGCAAUGGAUUUCUCCACCUCGAUCAAUAUCGUAGCAUUCAAGCAGGGUUAGAAGAGCGUCUACCUCUACCCGAACGUCUGCAGUGCGCGUCAGGAUAGGGCUCUUCAGUGGGGAGCGAUAACGCGAGGAGCUUGCCGCUUGGACCGGACACCCCUUAACAACAACAACCGAAAAGGGGAUUUGUUUUAUUUUGUUUUUGUUCCCGUUCUACUCCGGUCCCGAACUCUUCGUUCGGGGGUGGUCUCAAUGAGUGUUGACUUUCGUGGUGCUCUAGAAAUCCGGUUCUGCUGCCCUCGUCUCAAGUGGUGUAAAAGUUUUUUCCAUUCUCUCUGGCAUCGCUGCUCAACUCUUGCCUUCGCUAUGGAAACAAAGUGAACGCGGGAUACUUCUACACUCAUUCCGAGAAUCGUCUUGCCACCAUGGACUAUUCCCAGCGGAUUCCAGGCAAACUUUUUUUUCGCUGCUUACCGUCCUUAAUGUCUUCUUGAAAGUAAGGAGUAAUUUCACACUUAGCAUAGACUACUACUGUUAUUUUCUUUCUUCCACGAAGAGUCCAAGUUCUUUACUUCACGAAGUUAUCUACAGCUCUACACUAAGAAAAGUUAGUUUUAAUAUAUAUUAUCUUCGAUGCACUUGUUUAGAAUAUAGAGCUCUAUAGAAUGUAUCUCAGUACUUAAACUAUGCUUGAUAUUUGCUCCUUCGCAUUACGUAUUUCUAGCAAUCAAACAGAGUCGCCAUUUUAGACAUUCUUUAGAAGAAUUCCGUUAGAUCCGGCCAUGGAGGUCUUCUCCUCUUCUACUGUUUAAGCUUCGCAGAAUAGUAAAUUUCUUAAUGCUCAUCUCAUCAUCGAAACUUCUUGGCCUCUCACAGUGGAUGCUUUGAAUUUCCGUACCGUUUCUUACUCCGUUCUUUAUCAUGCCGAAGGAAAGCUAUCUGAACUGCGGGCCGGAAGGGGAUAGCACUGAAGCAAGUUCUAUACACGUGCCUCUGUCUCCAGGUGUUCUUCUACAAUGGCACCGGUAGCUCUCAAGAUAACUUCUGUAGUCGGACUGGUCCAUAGUAUCCCAACGACCAGCAAUGAAGACCAUCAGUAAAUGGUUAUUGCCUCCAGUGAAGCAUCGUCGUCUUCUUAGCGUACGUCCUAUAGUUGUGCACAUACUUAUAUUUAGUUAUAUGGUCGUAAAAGAAUGAUAAGACAUCGGCCUCGUAAGACGACAAACUUUAUUGCUAUUUUCAAUUUCAAUAACUUAUGAUGGUCACGCUAGGGAUCGAGUUGGACAACAUCUUAGCAAGAAGUCCGCCAUCAGCUCUCUCCCGUUAAGGUCGCUGCUGUGGCUUCGGUGGCGACACACACGGACUGUCUAAGUCCAUCGUCUCAGCUCAAGAAGGGUAACACGUAGCACAAGCCCCUGUGAGGAGAGAAAAGAGAUCUGUGAUGUCCGCCGACGAUCAGUCCGACGAAGAGGUGGUUCCUACAUUCCGUCCCUUCACUCGGGAGUCUCUUGCGGCCAUCGAGGCCCGGAUUGCCGAGGAGAAAGCCCGUAAGGAGCAUGCGCAGAAAGGCGAGGAUGGGGAUGAUCACUCAGAUCGUCACCCCGAGGCGAGGGGGAUGGAUCAUGAAGAGGCGUUGGAGCCCGAUCCCAACCUUGCGGUCGGAAUGCCCUUGCCCAAAUACCUGCUCAACGAGCUCACGCCUGAUGUCAUUGCCACGCCCCUCGAGGAGAUAGACAAGUACUAUGAAAAUCAAAGGACCUUUGUAGUUAUUAGUAAAGGGAAAGACAUCUUUAGGUUUAGUGCAACUAACGCCCUGUACCUGUUGAGUCCUUUCAAUCCAAUCCGUCGAGUGGCAAUUUAUAUUCUGGUCCAUCCUGUCUUCAGCUUCUUUGUCAUUACUACUAUCCUCGUUAACUGCAUUCUCAUGACUUUUCCUACUAACCCUACUAUCGAAAGUUCUGAAAUUUACUUCACUUUGAUAUACACCUUUGAGUCCAUCAUCAAAAUGCUAGCUAGGGGAUUCAUUCUCGAAAGCUUCACAUAUCUUCGGGAUCCUUGGAACUGGCUUGAUUUUGUAGUUAUUUCUUUAGCAUACGUCACUAUGGGAGUAGAUUUAGGAAACCUGAGCGCCUUGAGAACAUUCCGCGUGUUUAGAGCCUUAAAAACUGUAGCUAUUGUUCCAGGUUUAAAAACCAUCGUAGGAGCUGUUAUUGAAUCUGUAAAAAAUCUAAAGGAUGUGAUCAUAUUGACUUGCUUCUCUUUGUCAAUAUUUGCCUUACUGGGAUUACAAAUUUAUAUGGGUGUUUUAACACAUAAAUGCAUCCGUGUAACGCCGGAGCAACUAGAAAAUAUAGAAGAAGUCCAAAAAACUCCAGAAUUUAGGAUACAUGCCGAUAACGAAACCAAUCAAUAUUUUGAAAACGGGAAAAAUGAACCUAAACUUUGUCGACCAAAUGCAGGCCUCUGUCCAGACAAUUUCACAUGUUUACAAGGUUUUGGGAAAAAUCCGAAUUAUGGUUACACCAACUUCGAUAAUUUUGGCUCAGCUCUAUUGUCAUCCUUCAGGUUAAUGACUCAGGACUUCUGGGAAGAUUUAUAUCAGUGUAUUCUAAUAUGUGCAGGGCCGUGGCACAUGAUCUUUUUCGUUGUAAUCAUCUUUCUCGGUUCGUUCUAUCUGGUAAAUUUAAUUUUGGCUAUUGUCGCUAUGUCUUACGAUGAGCUACAGAAGAAAGCGGAAGAAGAAGAAGAGGCUGCCAUGGCUGAAGAAGCUGCAAUGCAAGCUGAAGCUGCCCGACUGCUUGAAGCAGAAGAAGAACGAGAAAGAGUAAAGAGAGGUGAAGGCGUCGUGAAAAGCCCUUCUGAUCUUUCAUGUUCUUCUUAUGAGCUGUUUGUCGGACAAGAAAAAGGAAACGAAGAGAAAGAUGCAAAAGAACGAGCGAGCAUACGUAGUGCAGAAGGAGAAAGUAUUUAUGAAAGAGAACAAAAAGCUAGGAUUAAUAACAAGAUGAGAAAGGCGAGUCUGAGUCUUCCUGGGUCUCCCUUCAAUAUUCGGCGAGGCAGUCGUGCAAGCCAAUUCAGCGUUACUUGGCGCAACGGCCGACGUUUCGGGGACAGGAAACCCCUGGUCCUGCAGACACUGGUCGACGCUCAAGAACAUUUACCUUAUGCAGACGACAGCAACGCAGUCACCCCUAUGUCCGAAGAAAACGGAGCAAUUAUAAUUCCUAUGUAUACGAAUUUAACCUCACAACAUUCCAGCUACACAUCGCACUCAUCGAGAAUAUCGUACAAUUCGCAUGGUGACAUCUACGGAAAAGGUUUAACGAAAGAAAGUCAGCUGAGGACCAGGUCAAGGUUCUUGCUUGGUCUGUACAAUGAGGACAUGGAAGGGGAUGACUAUAUGAUUCCUAAACACAAGCAACACGAUAAUCCAUUUGCUGAUCCUUCUGAUCAGAAAAAGAAACUCGACAUCAAAGAUGUUAUGGUGCUAAACGACAUAAUCGAACAAGCGGCAGGAAGACAGAGUAAAGCAAGUGAAAGAGACAGAGAGGAGGAGGAGGAGGAAAAGCCAAAGUUCAAAGAGAAGUGCUUGGCGCAGUGCCUGAAGUGCAUAGAUUUCUGCUGCAUUUGGGACUGCUGUGCUUGCUGGAUAUAUGUACAACAGCUCUGUGCAUUCAUCGUCUUUGACCCGUUUAUGGAACUCUUCAUCACGCUCUGCAUUGUAGUGAAUACUCUCUUUAUGGCAAUGGACCAUCACAACAUGGACAAAAAUUUCGAAGCGUUCCUGGUGAACGGCAAUUAUUUCUUCACAGCAACAUUUGCAAUAGAAGCAGGCUUGAAAUUAAUAGCAAUGAGUCCAAAAUUUUAUUUUCAAGAUGGCUGGAAUAUAUUUGAUUUCUUUAUAGUAGCUUUAUCUUUGAUAGAAUUAUGUUUGGAAGGCGUUCAAGGAUUGUCAGUAUUAAGAUCAUUUAGGUUGUUAAGGGUUUUUAAAUUAGCUAAGUCUUGGCCAACUCUGAAUUUACUCAUCUCCAUUAUGGGAAAGACUGUAGGAGCCUUAGGAAAUUUAACUUUUGUUUUGGGUAUCAUUAUCUUCAUCUUUGCUGUCAUGGGCAUGCAGCUUUUUGGAACAAAUUAUGAAAAAUAUAAAGAAAAUUUUUAUGGUGGCGAAGUUCCGAGGUGGAACUUUAGAGAUUUCAUGCACUCUUUCAUGAUUGUAUUCCGUGUCCUAUGUGGCGAAUGGAUUGAAUCUAUGUGGGACUGCAUGGUAGUCUCCGGGUGGCCUUGUGUUCCAUUUUUCUUAGCCACUGUUGUCAUAGGUAAUUUAGUGGUGCUGAAUCUUUUUCUUGCUCUGUUACUGUCUUCUUUCGGUGCCUCAAAUCUGUCUCAAGCGCCUGCUGGAGACGAUACCAAAGGGAUAGCAGAAGCUUUCAGACGUAUUGAUCGAGGGAAAAAAUGGGUGAAGAUGAAAUUGCUCAAUCUUCUAAAGGGGCUUCGUGCUAAAGUCCAGAAUCAAAUUGCCGAUCAGACUAUGGAAGGAGGGGAUGCGGACGAUCCCAGUCUACCUCCUACGAUGAUGGUCGACGGACAAGUGCCAAGUAAAGACAAGAAAAGCCCAAAAGAAAAAACCGAAUUGGAAAUAGCAUUAGAUGGGUACGAACUCGGGUAUCAAGAAGAUGGAAAAGCUUUCAUGAUGAAGAAUAAAAACAAUUCAAAGCCUGUUGUAAAUUCUGUGAGGAUGGGUGAUAAAGUGCAGCCGAAGGAUAAUAAAGAAAUGAAGUUGUUUUUGCAGGACAAGGAGAUAUUUGGCAAUAAGGUCCAUCCUCAAAAAGAGAUCGAGGACAACCUCAGCAACAAAUCAUUUAAUGGCUUCAAGGACAAAGAUGUUAUAAUCGAAAAACCGUCCAAAGAGACUAGUCGCUCUUCACAGUAUGGAUCAGAUGAUGAGAAGAAAGAUGCCAGCAAAGAAGAUCUUGGAGAGGAUGUUAUGGCUGGGACAGAUAUUAAUCCUCAAACAGAAGGUGAUGUCGACACAGAUAAGUUGGAGACCACGACAGCUGACGUAAUAAUCGCUGAAUAUCCCGCAGAUUGCUGCCCGGAUAUUUGUUACAGGAAAAUCGCUUGCUGCGCGGAAGAAGCCAAUCCGGAAUUCUGGGCGAACUGGAAAGAGCUGAGAGGCAAGACGUUUAUACUGAUAGAAGACAAAUAUUUCGAAACCGUUAUCAUAACUAUGAUUAUGAUAAGUAGCCUGGCCCUGGCGGCAGAAGAUGUAAACUUGAAGUACAGGCCUAUGUUGAAAAUUAUAUUGACGUAUAUGGACAAAGUUUUUACCGUCCUCUUUUUCUUCGAAAUGUUAAUUAAGUGGUUAGCUCUUGGUUUCAGAAAAUACUUUACGAAUGCCUGGUGCUGGCUUGAUUUUGUCAUCGUCCUGGUGUCUGUGAUCAAUCUAUUAGCUUCCGAAGUCGGGGGAGGAAACAUACAAGCCUUCAAGACUAUGCGAACCCUCCGUGCACUGAGACCCCUGAGAGCCCUUUCGCGAUUUCAAGGAAUGCGGGUCGUAGUAAAUGCCUUAGUACAAGCCAUCCCAGCUAUCCUUAAUGUCUUGCUGGUGUGUUUGAUAUUCUGGCUCAUUUUUGCGAUCAUGGGUGUCCAGCUUUUUGGUGGAAAAUAUUUUUUUUGCACAGAUGAUCCGAAGGAAGACAACAAAGUAAAUAUCACUUACGUAAACACCAAAGAUGAAUGCGAAGCAAAGAAUCUUACCUGGAAGAAUCCAAAAAUCAAUUUCGACAAUGUGUUAAAUGCGUAUUUGGCAUUGUUUCAAGUGGCAACUUUUAAAGGCUGGAUUGAUAUCAUGUAUGCUGCUGUGGAUGCAAGAGGAGAAAAUGAACAACCCGAAGAAGAAGGACAUUUAAUGAUGUACUUGUAUUUUGUACUAUUUAUUAUUAUUGGUUCUUUCUUUACACUUAAUCUAUUCAUUGGUGUGAUCAUCGACAAUUUCAACGAACAGAAGAAAAAGGCAGGGGGAUCUCUGGAAAUGUUUAUGACAGAAGAUCAGAAGAAGUACUACAAUGCUAUGAAGAAGAUGGGAGACAAGAAGCCAGUGAAAGCUAUACCAAGACCAAGGUUUAAACCUCAAGCUAUCGUGUUUGACCUGACAACAAAUACCAAGUUUGAUAUGGCAAUUAUGCUCUUCAUCGGCCUGAACAUGAUAGUGAUGGCUAUGGAUCGCUACCAAAUCGACGAUACGAUGAACACCAUAUUAGAGAGACUCAAUGUGUUUUUCAUUGCCAUUUUCACUACGGAGUGCGUGCUCAAGAUCUUUGCUUUCAGGUGGCAUUAUUUCAAAGAGCCAUGGAAUGUCUUCGAUUUUGUAGUAGUUAGUUUAUCUAUUUUAGGUAAGUUCUGUAUUGAUCAACU